AUGUCGGAAGUACUGGCCGUCUUCGAACAGCCGAACUCAAUUAAGAAUUUUCUCAAGAGAGAUUCAAAUAUUGCAUUUCUAGCUGGUGGUGUGGCUGGUGCAGUUUCCCGAACCGUUGUUUCGCCUUUUGAAAGGGUAAAAAUAUUGUUGCAAGUUCAGAGCUCCACGAAUUCGUAUAAUCAAGGUAUAUUCCAGUCCAUACGACAAGUUUAUCGUGAAGAGGGAACUAAAGGUCUUUUCAGAGGAAACGGUUUGAAUUGUAUAAGAAUCUUUCCUUAUAGUGCAGUCCAAUUUGUAGUUUAUGAGGCCUGUAAAAAGAAACUGUUUCAUGUAGAUGGUUAUGAUAGACAAGAACAACUCACAAAUACUCAGAGACUAUUUAGUGGUGCAUUAUGUGGUGGUUGUAGUGUGGUAGCCACUUAUCCGUUGGACUUGAUCAAAACAAGACUAACAAUCCAAACAGCAAAUUUAAGUACUCUGAACCGGUCGAAGGCAAAGAACAUAGCAAAGCCUCCAGGGAUUUGGAAAUUGCUGACCGAAGCUUAUAAAUCAGAAGGCGGCCUCAAGGGAUUAUAUAGGGGUGUCUGGCCAACAAGUCUUGGAGUUGUUCCAUAUGUGGCCUUAAACUUUGCAGUUUAUGAACAGUUAAGAGAAAUAGGUAUCGAUAGUUCAGACUCACGACCUCCCUGGAAGAGUAACCUUUACAAACUAACAAUGGGUGCCGUAAGUGGCGGUGUUGCGCAAACAAUGACUUACCCUUUUGAUCUGCUGAGAAGACGAUUCCAAGUUCUUKCGAUGGGUGGAAAUGAACUGGGAUUCAAAUAUUCGAGUGUCUGGGAUGCGCUGGUGACAAUUGGUAAAACAGAAGGUUUUAGUGGUUACUACAAGGGUCUUACUGCAAAUCUUUUCAAAGUUGUCCCUUCCACUGCUGUAAGUUGGCUAGUUUACGAAAUUGUGUGUGACUCGAUGAGAAAUUGGUAA